AUGCCCACUUGCCAGGAGGAAUGUGCUGGCAGAAGAGCAGCAGCCGCAGCUCUUGCGCUGUUGCGCUCCGAGUCCUCCGCCCCCCGUGACGUGUGCUUGACCAUGGGCGUCGCGGGCGGGAAAGCAGAUCAGACCUCUCUUCUGUCAAUCGCCCUCGCUCUCCGGUGGGGUCCGGCUCAGAGGUGCGUGCAAAGGGGGUGGGGGCUUGCGGAGCGGUGAGUCGGCUUUGCAGCUGGCGGCAGGGCUGAGGGUGGGUAAACCCAUCCCCGAUUUCCCUUCUCCCGUCUGAAUCCUCCCACCAGCCGGAGGAAAACAGGAGGACAGCAUCUCUCCUCCUGCCCAUUUCUACACUUAGCCUUGCCAGGGGGAAAUCUCUGGCCUCCCAGUUACCAGGACGACCAACACAGUUGCCAACUUUUUGUUCUGGCCCCUGUGACUUUGUCCUUAACCAUAGUUCUGUUGGUUUUCGUUUCGUCGGCUUCUCUCCACCCCCUCUUCAUUUUUACCCCAUCGCUGUGAUAAAUCAUUAGACCAGAGGUAGGACUGGAAGUGGAGACAUUCAGGUCAUGUAUCCACAGCAGAGGAACAACGGCUGGGAGGAGUGCAGAAGGCCAUGGUGCACCUGUAGCAGCAGAAUUGGACACCUUCAUCUGCCUCGCCUGCAAUGAAAUAGGUCCAGUGGGGUAGCGUGGGGGGUGCAAGGGGGGCCGGCCGCACCGGGCGCAACAUCUGGGGGGGGGCACGCUCGCCGCCUCCGGAGUCGCCGAAGAGCCUCGGGCGCAGGCUGUAGCAGAGCCCCAUGUCUCGCGGAACCGACGAGCUGGCAGCAGCUCUCAGCACUCGCCGCGGUCCCCGCGCGUCAGGGCCGUGGAGGGCGCGCCAGGCAGCCCCUCCUCACAGCCCCGCCGCCGCCGCUGCUGCUGCAGCUGCUGGGCCAUGUUGCAUUUUCCUCGCCUCUCUGCCCUCCUCCUCCGGGCAAGCGGCGUCGUUUGGGCGGCAGCGCCAGCGGCAACUCGCCUCAGAUCACCUGACGCGGCAGGUUAGGGGUUAGGGGGCGCAAAUUACUUGCCUUGCCCCGGGUUAGGCGGCGCAAAUUACUUGCCUUGCCCCAGGUGCUGACAACCCACGCUACGCCGCUGAAUAGGUCUCUCCUGUUUCGGUCUCUACAGCCACAGCAGGCGUUGUAACUCUCCAGCUUCAUCCUCAAAGGUACACCCUUCCAUUGUCUCCCGAGACAGAUAGAUGCCGACAACAGGAAUGGCCCGGGAUGACGGGAAUCACCCACUCCUUGCUAGUCCUGCAGAUGCAGCUGUCUUUGAUGGCAUCUUCCCCCCUCCCCAACAGAGAUGAUUGAUCUGUGGCCCUCCAGGAGUUGAUUGAACAAAUAAUCGUAGAAUUGUAGAGUUGGAAGGGGCCCUGAGGAUCAAUUAGUCCAACCCCCUGAAAUACAGGAAUAUGCAAUUUGUCCCAUAUGGGGAUUGAACCUAGAACCUUGAUGUCAUCAGCACCAUGCUCUACUAACUGAGCUCUCAAGGCUGAAGGCCAUCAAACAAUCCAUUUCUAUGCAACUUAAUUAGUAAAAAAUAUACCUAUAAGCGAUGUACAGAAAACGGAAGCAGCAACAGACAAGAUAUUACAAAAAUGCAGUUAUGUAUAAAGGUAAAGGUAAAGGGACCCCUGACCAUUAGGUCCAGUCGUGGCUGACUCUGGGGUUGCGGCGCUCAUCUCGCUUUAUUGGCCGAGGGAGCCAGCGUACAGCUUCCGGGUCAUGUGGCCAGCAUGACUUAGCCGCUUCUGGCGAACCAGAGCAGCGCACGGAAACGCCGUUUACCUUCCCGCCGGAGCGGUACCUAUUUAUCUACGUACUUGCAUUUUGACGUGCUUUCAAACUGCUAGGUUGGCAGGAGCAGGGACCGAGCAACGGGAGCUCACCCCAUCACGGGGAUUUGAACCGCCGACCUUCUGAUCGGCAAGUUACUAACAUAUAUUCAUUUUCCUUCUGACACACAUCCUCUCUCUUGGCUUCUGGGUUCUCACUCAGGCUCCAAACAAACUCUCAGCUCACCCACGAGUCUCACAAUGAGAAUUGCUACUGGAAACAGUGGACAUCACCUUUCGCUCUCACCCUAGACUUGCAUUUUUAUGGGCAGUCCGAAGGUGAAUGCUACUUCCUCAGCUGGCCCACAGCUGUGCCCCAUUCAGCUGCACCCUCAACACCCAGUUCUAGGUGCAGCAGGUUUGUUCAGUUUUCCAGGGAGUAAGAAGGAUGGGAAGAGGGCCCCCUUCCACUCACAGCUCUUUUUUCCUCCAGUGUCCUCUCCUCCUCCUCCAGCUGCCUGCAGACUCUACCUGGCAAGUAAUUUGCAGUGAGCACCAAGGCAGCUCUUAUUAGCCCCAUUUGUCAGGCUCACCUGUUGCUGGACUCCAGCUCUCCCCAGUCCCAGGCAACAUGCUCAUUGGUCAGGUGGGAUGGAGGUUCUAGUCCAGCAGCACCUGGGGGGGGGGGCAGACAGGAGCAGUUGCCCCAUCCCCUCAGCUAUAAGGACCAGUGGGAUGACUGAAUACUUUUUUAAAAAAGUAUUUAUGCUUUUCAAGUUUAUGCAUUUCAUUAAUUUUACAAUCAAUUUAACAUUUCAAAAUUUGACUUCCCUCCCCCUCUUUCUGCAGUUCCUUAAAUUUAUUUUUUAAUGUCUUCUGCAUAUCCAAAUUCAUUUAAUGCGCUCAUUUAAUUAUCUACUGUAAAUAAAUACUCUUAUAAAACUGCAGGAUAUUACAAUAACCCUGCUAAUGUUUUUAUCUGUUUACAGUUUAUCUGUAAAUAUUCAAUAAGCCAUUUCCAUUCUUUUAUAAACAAUUUGUUAUCUUGAUUUCUUAUUCUUCCAGUAUGUUUUUGUCAUUUCUGCAUAUUCCCUAAGUUUUUGUAACCAUUCUUCCUUUACUGGGACACCUGCUUCUUUCCACUUUUGGGCAAGUAACAUUAUUUCAGGGGCCAAAUUUGUGGAGGGAGAGCUCUAUCAAUUGCUACUAACCACAAUGGCUAUACAGUGGUACCCUCGGGUUAAGAACUUAAUUCAUUCCAGAGGUCCGUUCUUAACCUGAAAUGGUUCUUAACCUAAAGCGUGCUUUUGCUAAUGGGGCCUCCUGCUGCCACUGCACUGCUGGCGUACGAUUUCUGUUCUUAUCCUGGGGCAAAGUUCUUAACCUGGAGCAACCACUCCCUGGGUAGCAGAGUUUGUAACCUGAAGCGUCUGUAACCUGAGGUACCACUGUAGUGGCAAAGCUUCUGAAUACCAGUGGCUGGAAACCACAGGAGGGCGAAGUGCUCUUGUGCUUCAAUCCUGCUCCCACCUGGUUGGCCACUGCAAGAGCAGGAUGCUGGACUGGACAGGCCAUUGCCCUGAUGCAACAGCCUCUUCUUAUGUUCUGUUAACUGCCUUAUACUGAGUUAGAUGAGUAGAGACCAGAAGAGACUGCCAGUGGUUCUCAAGGGUUUCCGACAGGGAUCAUAGAAUCAUAGAAUAGAAUCAUAGAAUAGAUUCCCUGGAAAACUCCCUGGAAAACUGAACAAACCUGCCACACCUAGAAUUGGGUGUUGAGGGUGCAGCUGAAUGGGGCACAGCUGUGGGCCAGCUGAGGAAGUAGCAUUCACCUUCGGACUGCUCAUAAAAAUGCAAGUCUAGGGUGAGAGCAAAAGGUGAUGUCCACUGUUUCCAGUAGCAAUUCUCAUUGUGAGACUCGUGGGUGAGCUGAGAGUCUGUUUGGAGCCUGAGUGAGAACCCAGAAGCCAAGAGAGAGGAUGUGUGUCAGAAGGAAAAUGAAUAUAUGUUAGUAACUUGCCGAUCAGAAGGUCGGCGGUUCAAAUCCCCGUGAUGGGGUGAGCUCCCGUUGCUCGGUCCCUGCUUCUGCCAACCUAGCAGUUUGAAAGCACGUCAAAAUGCAAGUAGAUAAAUAGGUACCGCUCCGGCGGGAAGGUAAACGGCGUUUCCGUGCGCUGCUCUGGUUCGCCAGAAGCGGCUAAGUCAUGCUGGCCACAUGACCCGGAAGCUGUACGCUGGCUCCCUCGGCCAAUAAAGCGAGAUGAGCACCGCAACCCCAGAGUCAGCCACGACUGGACCUAAUGGUCAGGGGUCCCUUUACCUUUACCUUUAUACAUAACUGCAUUUUUGUAAUAUCUUGUCUGUUGCUGCUUCCGUUUUCUGUACAUCGCUUAUAGGUAUAUUUACUAUUUGCAUAGAAAUAUCACCUGGCCUUGACAUGUUGAUACAUCAGGUUCUAGUUCAUCCCCAUAACAAUUGAUUUCCUGUAUUGAAUGACCUCGCCUUCCAACUUACAUCUAUUUUCAAUCGGGCAGAUCAAUCAUCUGUUGGGAGGAGAUAUCAGACAGCUGUCUGCGACUAAGGGUGGUGAUCAGCAUCUGUGCACUAUCAGGAGUGCUGGUGUUACCUUGGUAAGCGCAGAGAGACCCAGGGAGCACCCAAGGAACUUGCGGUCAGGAUCUGAGGCGCCGCGCCCAACCUGCCGGAGGAGGCCGUGCAGCCCGCGCUGGCGCGGCGGCGCGGCGGCGGCUGUGAGGAGGGCUGGCUGCCUCCGCGGCCGACGAGGGACGGCGGCGGAGCGCUCCCCUCGGCAUGGGCUGCACGCCCGGCCCCAGGGCGGCGAGCGGCCCCGUGCGCCGUGGCCCCCACUGACUUUCAGGCGCAGAUGAAGGUGUCCAAUUCUGCUGCUACAGGUGCACCAUGGCCUUCUGCACUCCUCCCAGCCGUUGUUCCUCUGCUGUGGAUACAUGACCUGAAUGUCUCCACUCCCAGUCCUACCUCUAGUCUAAUGAUUUAUCACAGCGAUGGGGUAAAAAUGAAGAGGGGGUGGAGAGAAGCCGACGAAACGAAAACCAACAGAACUAUGGUUAAGGACAAAGUCACAGGGGCCAGAACAAAAAGUUGGCAACUGUGUUGGUCGUCCUGGUAACUGGGAGGCCAGAGAUUUCCCCCUGGCAAGGCUAAGUGUAGAAACGGGCAGGAGGAGAGAUGCUGUCCUCGUGUUUUCCUCCGGCUGGUGGGAGGAUUCAGACGGGAGAAGGGAAAUCGGGAUCUCUCAGCCUUACAUGGAGUGGUCAAGGAUUGAACCCGGGACAUUCUGCAUAUAUUGCAGGGGGUUGGACUAGAUGAUCCUGGGUCCCUUCCAACUCUACAGAUCUAUGAUUCUAUGCAAAGCAGAUGGCUCUGCCACAAUCGGACCGAUUUUGCUUUGCCUCCCAAACUUGCUUCUCUCCCCCGACCCCAUGUCCCUGGUUUCAGUUCUGCAUUUCUAAUGGAAAGUUGGUUGCAACAUGACACACAGCUGGCCACAUUUUGGGAUUGAAGCACGAUGCUUAUGUAAGCCCAAAUUACACAAGAGUCCCGAAUAUAGUGUUGUGCACAAAUUAACCUUCGCAAUAAUUUUACACAUUGUUUUUUUUCUGGGUAAAGAGGAAGAAGCUUCUAGUUCUGUUGGCUGAGACACACACACACACACACACACACACACAUUGAGAGAGAGAGAGGGAGAGAGACUGGGUGAUGUGCUGCCAAUAACAGCUGAAACCAGAAGGGUGGGUUCUCUCACAUUUCCUGCAGCUGUGGAACAGGACCUCAGAGUCCCGAAGACCCUUUCUCCUUCCCACAACUGACAAAAACCAGAAUGAAUAAUGCAAAAUGCUGUAGGUGGGUGGCAAAUAGUGCAAAAUAAGGGAGACCCUUAGAGAAGUUAAGGUUUCAAUGAACUGGAGCAGUGAAAAGAGUGUUGCAUCUUAAUGUGAUGCAGCCGGGAUAGUUAAACAGGAGAAAAAGCCAGUGUCUGCUCAUGUCCCAUGAGGAUAUGUUUGCUUCAAUAAACAAGAGCCAUUUUCAAUCCAGUGCUAGGCCUGUGUAGAGCUUGUGUGAGGCCUGAGGUGGGGAUCUUGCUAGAAUAAAGUUAUAAACUCAAACAAAAAGCAGCUAGUCCCUAGCAAGGCCCUCCCAGCUGGCUUGGCCCUCCAAAGCCCAGGGCAAGUGUACCCAGCUACCACCCCCCUUGCACUUUUUGACAUUAAGAGCUGUUCGACAGUGGAACAGACUCCUACAAGAGGUGGCAGACUCUCCUUCCUUGGAGGUUUUUAAGCAGAGGUUGGAUAGCCCUGGAUGCUUUAGCUGAGAUUCCUUCAUUGCAGAAGGUUGGACUAGACCUUCCAGGUCUAAGAUUCCAUGAUUAUAUUCUAUGAAACCUGAACUGAGCCAAAUCUGCACUAUUGCUCAACAUCUGUCCGGAUCUGGUCUGUAAGCUCUGAGGGGCUCACUUGCCACUUACUUUUGAGUAGGCACCCAUAGGACUGUGCCAUCAGCUUCAGUCAAGCUGUGGGACUGGCAGGCAGAAGAUAAGGAGCCAAAACUGGUUGACCUCGAUGGCCCUUUUCAUUUCUAAGAAUUGCUGCCCUUGAUGGAGCUUUUCAUUUCCAAGAAUUGCAAGCUUCUGGAUGUGAGCUGCUGUAUAGCUCUUUUGUCUCGUGCUAGGGGAAAUGUUACUCUGGGCUCCCUUUCACUUCCCUUUCCCCCCUUCUUCUUCUUCAGGUUCAGUCCUACUAGCUAA